AUGUCCGAGCUUACCUUAUUAAUGCUCACAACUGUCAACAAAAUUUUGAAUUGUGAUUCUGUUUCAACUUUUUCCAAUAAUAAUAUGAGCAAAACCAAUGAUAUUUUUAAAAAUACAAGUCAGAUACCUACACAAUUACCAAUAGAUGUAUGCAGAUCUAAUCAACUAUUAUUAGAAGGUAUUAUAGAAGGCGGUGCAUCUCUUUCACUUGUAGAUGCAUGCAAAUUUAAAGAAUUUGUUUAUUCUAUAAAUAACUGGUAUCAUGUUCCUGCAAGAAAACAACUUUCUACAAAUAUUCUCAAUGAUGUUUAUAAAAAUAUUCAAACCUCAAUUCAAUGA